GAUAAUAAUGAUCAUGACUUAAUCAGUGGCAGUUUGUGCUUGUUUUUUUUUGCCAGACAUUAUUUAAUGUAAUUAUGUUGAAUGAAACUAAAUGAUCUUACACUCACAAGGCUUUUGUUGCACUGAUAUGAGAUCAUUUUACCGGUGAUGAUUUGCUCAGAUUUUAGCAUAUCAGUGUGUGCUGCAGUGCUGAUAUUGAUCCACCACUCAAAUAAUACUUGCUCAGUGGGGAUUUUUGGAGGUCCUGACAGUUCACGAAUUAGGUAAGGGUGUUCUAACAAAUUAUGCAGGGAGGCAAAAAGGACUACAACCUGUAACUGUAGAGCUAUAAAGUAAGUGGACCUGAUAAAAUGGAUACGUAUUACCUGGUAAAGUGGUAGGUAACUGAAUAUUAAAUGUGUAGAUAUUCUGCUAACCCUUACAAUCAAAAUCAUAGCCGUGUGGACUGCAACAGGUUGCGAGGCAUGGCAGAAGGCUGGCCCCACCUUCAGGUCUGAGUCCACACAGACCUCCGAAACCGGUUCUUAAAGAUCAGCCUCCCAGACCAGAGCAGACCCAGCCAAAGCCAGCAGAGGGCACUGCUUCCCCUCACAGCUCAAAGGCUGUGACCAAACUCAAAGCAGUGAUGAAACUCAGCAAACUACUUGCCACAGGCAAGGCGUCUGGUCCGCCAGCACCUCGCCACGCUCCAUGGAAGAAAGCACGAAUAUUUCCCAUGAUGUCCUCCAGGGAGAAGCCAGAAGGUGCAGAGCCCCCUAAACUAACUCAAGGCCACCGUUCCGAUAGCUUGGGCAGUGGCAUGGUCAUCGAUGGCAACUACUUCCAGUAUAAAGAAGGAAAGACCUCAGCAAAGACACAUUUGGGGAAGAUCCUCAGUCGAAUAAAUAUCUCCAAAAAGCCACGCACUUGGAGGAAGUCUCAAAACAGCACAAGCAGCAUUACAGACAGCUCAAGUGAGGGGAAGGCCUCUGUUUCCCAGGCAACUAGUGAUUCGGAAAGGGAGUCACAGAGUUUCCCCAGCGAUUCUCAAGAGACUGGGCGCAACGGAGAGAUUUUCAAAGAAGCUGCUAUUCGGGAACCCUACUCAGGAAAAAACAGUGCCAUAUCAACCACGCAGAGCUAUUCAAACAGACACCAAGAAGUGGCAUAUAUGAGUAGUUUUGAUUCAGAUGAGGAGCAAGGUAUGUCUGAGGACUCUGACAAAGGGAGCCAUUCAAAAGCUGAGGAAGAUGACUCUGAAGGUGAGUCACAGACAGAUAAACAGUCAGAUACAGACCAAGGUUCUGAGACAGAGACAGAAAGUGAGAAAGAAUCAGAAGCUGAGAAGGAGUCAGAGACUGAGAAAGAGUCAAACAGUGGGAAAGAAUCAGAGACAGAUGAGUCAGAGAAAGAGACUGAUACCACACAAGAGUCAGAAAAAGACAUCUCAGUGGGCCGAGUCGAGUCAGACCACUCUAGGGCAGAGUCACCCUCCACAGUUGGACCUGCUUUGUCCAGUUCCAGCAAGACAGACAGCACCUGCACCCAGAGGCAAACUGGAUCUGCAUCCAGUAGAGUCAAGGAGGUCCGUUUUACAUCGGGCUCUUCCAAUGAAGAGCAGUCAAGUGAGGAGGAUGAACCAGAGUCCGUCUCUUCCCGUUUUAAGCACCCUUUGGGUUCGAAGAGGAAUCAAGGCUCUAAAAGUCAUAGCAAGAACCGUUCGUCUGCAGACAACAAUUAUGUGGGAAGAAACACAAAGAGCACAAACCUUUCACCUAUAGUUGAAGAUGAGGAAGAUUGCAGUGACAAAUUUCAGGUCUCUGCAGAUGAAACAGCAAGUCCAGAAGACAACAAGGAGAAUGACGAGGCUGACUCAGAUGCCGAAGAGUCCGUUACAACAUCCUAAAUUAGCAUCAGACCUACUCAGUAAGCGUGACAGUCUCCUUUAAUUACUGUUUGGACUUCAUACUGGUGGCUUGUUUGCACACCCUGAGUGUUUUGGUGUGAUCUUUCCCAGCGUGCUCUGCAUUUCUGACUUUCGUUAUUGCAUGUUUUCUUCUCUGAAAAUGCUUGAGGUGCUGGGAUUACAGUGUGUCUGGACUAUGAAGGGGGGCGUCUAAGUAUUAGAGUCAGGUGUGUUGGAUCUAAACUCACUAAUGCGGUAGAUCCCCAGAACCAAGAUUUGGCAACGCCGUAAUUGGUUACAACUAUAUUAAAUCAAGUUUGGCCAAAAUAAAUUGCCAAUGUUAUUUUCAAAUUUAAAAAUCUGAAAAAACAAGCCCUAAUAAAUAUCAUACAUCCUGGAACUAAUAAGCCCCGGUCCGUGAUAUUGUCUUGUAUUGUGAACCUUUAGGCUGAGUUUCCUCCAAUUCCCUCUGUCUGGCGGUUUUAUUUUUCGGCCUGACUUUGGCUUGGUUCUACACUUUUGGCUGCACGUCAGCUUUCUGUUUAUCUAAUUAAUGAAUUCAAUCACCAAUCACGCUUCAGUGAGGAGCGAGUGUAAUCACUGGAGUGAUGCACUUAAUGAAUUACAUAUUCAAUUAUUAUGUGUGUUACUUACAACAUAUUUUCUAAACACCUAACUUGCACAUUCAUUAAGACAGACAUGCAAAACACACAGCAGUCGUGCAAAAGAUGCAGCUCUGGAAUUUUUGUGUGAGAUUUAUGAAUUUUGCAUGUGUUCUUACAUGUGCAAACAUCGAGUAAUUCAGGCCCUUAGUGCUGUGUGGAGGUCACAUUAACGCAUUACGUGUUCAGGUUUUUUUCCCUCAGCUCAUUGCCUUUUGUAUGCAUGCUCUUCC